UCUCCUGCUCUCUCUGGGCUUUCAACGCGACCCCUCACCCUACCGUGCCCCGUGAAAAUGUUGGUGCUCCUGGCUUUCAUCAUCAUCUUCCACAUCACCUCCGCGGCCUUGCUUUUCAUCGCCACCAUCGACAAUGCCUGGUGGGUAGGAGACGGAUUUUUUGCAGAUGUCUGGAAAGUCUGCUUCACAGUCAACAGCACCAAUUGUACAGACAUCGACGACAGCUUUGCCUAUUACUCCACGAUGCAGGCGGUCCAGGCCAGCAUGAUCCUCUCCACCAUUCUCUGCUGCAUCGCCUUCCUGAUCUUCUUGCUCCAGCUCUUCCGCCUCAAGCAGGGAGAGAGGUUUGUUUUAACCUCCAUCAUCCAGCUCAUGUCAUGCCUGUGUGUCAUGAUUGCAGCUUCCAUUUACACAGACCGACGCCAAGACAUUCACAACCACAACUGGCAUUUCUAUACUCUGACCGCAGAAGGCACGUACGGCUACUCCUUCAUCCUGGCCUGGGUGGCCUUCGCCUUCACCUUCAUCAGCGGCCUCAUGUACCUGAUCCUGAGGAAGCGCAAAUAGACACCGGCGCUCGGUCGCUCUCACGCAGUACAGAGUCUACAUCCAGAUAACCGUUUUGUAUAUAAUCCGUUUUUUUGUUUUGUUUUGUUUUUUUGUGGUUUUUCUAGCAAACAUAUUGUUUCCUUUAAAAGCCAAAAAAAAAA